GUUCUUACACCAUGUCGGAAGUUCCCCACUUCGUGCUCUAUGAGCAUGCAGCUGGAUACGCUCUCAUGAAGAUUAAGGAGUUUGAUGAUGCUGGUCUUAUCCUCCAAGAGGUCGAUGCCGCUCAUGCUGAUGGAUACAAGUUCUCGCAAAUCGUUGAGCUUGCUUCGUUUGAUCCGUUCAAAAACACCGAAGCUGCAUUGGAAAACUGCAACUCCAUCUCUGAAGGUCUCGCCCACCCUGAUCUCACUAAUUUUCUUCAAAAGUCGCUUCCAAAAAAGAAAAAACACGUUGUGCUUGGAAUCAAUGACUCGAAGCUUGCGGGUUCGCUUACUGAAGCGUUCCCAGAUCUGAAGCUUGUCUUCGGAGGUGUUAUCACCGAGAUUCUGCGUGGUACUCGUGUUCAUUUCGAGCGUUUGGCCAAAAAUCUCCCACAUCACUCCUUAUCGAAAGCUCAGCUUUCUCUCGGUCAUAGUUACUCUCGUUCGAAGGUCAAAUUCGAUGUGCAUCGUGUGGACAACAUGGUUAUUCAAUCGAUUGCCCUUCUCGAUCAGUUGGACAAGGAUAUCAAUCUUUUUGGAAUGAGAAUCCGUGAAUGGUACUCUUACCAUUAUCCAGAGCUCUUCCGUCUGGCUCCAGAUCAAUACAAGUACUCUCGCCUUGCUGUCGCUAUCUUGGACAGAAACAAGAUGGCUGAAAAUGAGAACCUCGAGAAUGAGAUUCUUGAAAUUCUUGACAAUGAUUCCGAGAAAACCGCUCAGAUCAUCGAAGCGGCCAGAACAUCAAUGGGAAUGGAUAUUUCCGAUCUCGAUCUUGAGAACAUCAAGAGAUUCGCCGCUCGUGUCUCUUCUCUCAUGGAGUAUAGACAACAACUUCACGAGUACAUUAAAGAUCGUAUGGACCACUGUGCUCCUUCUCUCAGUGCUCUUAUCGGAGAACAAGUUGGUGCUCGCUUGAUCUCGCAUGCUGGUUCGCUGACCAACUUGGCCAAGUAUCCAGCGUCCACUGUCCAAAUCCUCGGAGCAGAGAAGGCUCUUUUCCGUGCCUUGAAGACCAGAUCCAACACUCCAAAGUAUGGACUUCUCUUCCACUCCAGCUUCAUUGGAAAAGCUGGAACCAAGAACAAGGGUCGUGUGUCCAGAUAUCUUGCUAACAAGUGCUCCAUUGCUGCUCGUGUGGAUUGCUUCUCCGAGACUCCAGUUUCGACAUAUGGAGAAUUCCUUCGCCAACAGGUUGAGGAUAGACUUGAGUAUUUCACCUCCGGAACUGUUCCAAAGAAAAACAUUGACGUCAUGAAGGAGGCCGAGGAAGCUGCCGUUGAGGUUAAGGAGAAGGUCAUCAAAAAGAAGAAGAAGGCUGCCAAGAAAGCCAAGCGUCUUGCUGAAGAGUCUGUCACUGCAACUGCUGAAGCUGAGGUUGACGAGGAUGCUCCAAAGCCAAAGAAGAAGAAGAAGAGCAAGGCUGGAGACGAGUAAUCUUCAUCAUCACUACACCACUGAUCUUUUUUGUUUUAUGAAUGUAACUCCCCCAUGUUGAACUAUUUUGUUUUUGUUGACUGUUGGACCCCUACAUCUUGUUGUUACUCUGUUUUCUUCUUAAUGAAUAAACUUGUAUAAUCCAGCGUAAA